AUGGCCGUGGAGUGGCACGCGCCGGGCAGCAUCGGCCCUCCGGGCUCGCCCCCCGUGAAGGCGGCCGGAAGCCAGUUGCUGGAGGAUUUCGAGCGGCUGGACGAGCUGUGGGACACGAUGUGGUCAGGCGACGCGGUCCCCGUGCCCUCCGAGCCGCCCACCCUCCAGAGGCGCUCUGUGGGCCUCUCAGAGUGGAGCUCCGACCCCUCCCUGUCCAUCCGAUCGCGCAGCGACAUCGGCACCAGCCACCCGCUGAACGUCGUGGACAGCCCGUCACCGGCGUUCUCUAAAUCAUCGUCCUGGUCGGCGGUGUCUGGAUCGCCUAACGGCGGCCGGGGGCUGCUGCGGCGCAUGAAGUCGUGGAUGGACAAGGUGCAGGAUCGCCGGCGGGGCAUCGUGUACGGCAACAACGGGCCGUGCCAGCUCUUCUCGGACUGGGGCAUCCCGCCGUACCCGGAGGACUACGACUGGAACGAGGGGUGA